AUAUGUAAAAUGCUAGGAUAAGUAUUUUAUUUAGAGAAGGGAGGGAGAAGAACAACAGUGAAAGAGAUAGGAAAAUUGUGGCAAAGAUUAUUACUAUUACAUGUUCUUCUUGGGAAACUUCUUUACACUUCUCCCAAUGCAAUAAAACAAGAGUGGUUUCCCAUUUUCUUGGAGAAGAACAACAUAAUCUUGUAUCCCCAGCUUUAUCAAAUCCUUGGUUUUCUCACAAAUUUCUUCUAGCUAUGCAGAGUCAACUAGUGUGCAGGGGAUGUAGGACGAUGCUUCUGUACCCACAAGGAGCAGCAAAUGUUUGUUGUGCAGUGUGCAGCGUAGUUACUACCGUACCUCCUCCAGGAAUGGAUAUGUCCCAACUAAUAUGUGGAGGUUGCCGUACAUUGCUGAUGUAUACUCGUGGAGCUUCAAGUGUGAGAUGCUCGUGCUGUCACACCGUGAGCCUUGUGCCAGCACCAAACCACCAAGUUGCUCACAUCAACUGUGGCAAUUGCACCACAACACUUAUGUAUCCCUAUGGAUCUCAAUCUGUCAGAUGUGCCAUUUGUCAAUACGUAACCAACAUAAAUAUGGGUAAUACAAAUAUCCCUGUUCCUGCAAGCAGACCCGAUGGAACAGCUUCAUCUGGAACAACAACUGCUACUUCAACAACUCAAACAGUUAUUGUCCAGAAUCCUAUGUCCGUUGAUGAAAGUGGAAAAACAGUGAACAACGUUGUUGUUGGUGUUACAACUUGAGAAAACUGAUUUGAUUGUAACAACCGAGCUUCAAGACUCUUCAAAUCUGUAUCUGUUGGUCAGUGACUACUUGUGUUUUCAAAUGUGACAUGCAUAAUAGGACGGUAACAUAUCCUGCCAUUUUUCAGGACGGGAAAAUUUUCUUUUUGGAUGUAAAAUGAUGUAAAAACGACUUAGAACUAUAGAGGAUGGUGAUGGCUAGUAAUUAGUUGUGUGAAAAUCUUUUGUUUUUAUCGGCAAUCAAGCCAGUUGCCUGGAAUAUAUAUGCAAGUGCAGAGAAAGAGGGGCUAAUGUGCACCUGUCUUUGUUAAAUAAAAUUUAGUUUAUUCAUUGUUGUUGUAGAUUGUUGUCUGAUGUAUGUUCUGUCAGCUACUGACUUCCUUGAUUUUAUGGGAAGAAUAACUUCUCUUGAUAUAUAUAAAUGAAUUUUCAUUCUA